GGGGUCUCGAGGCGCUGCCCAUCUGUUGCGCCGACGCCGCCGGCCGGAGUCGGCAGAUCCGGGUCUCGUGGCUAAGAGUGACGUGGUCAAUCGAAUCCAAACAGAGGGCGGGGCGGAGGCCGGCGGGCUGAAGCACCAGCGGCCGCCGCGUUGGGAGGCCGGAGCUGCCGCAGCGUUCCGGAAGCCUCAGGCGGUCUCGCCACCCCGACUGGGUUUCGGCUCCCAUCCUCCCCGCCCCUUCGGUUGUUGUCUGGGCGGAUUAGUCAAGUAAAAUCAAGCUGGGUAAUCAUGGCAGAAGGUGGAUUCGAUCCCUGUGAAUGUGUUUGCUCUCAUGAACAUGCGAUGAGAAGGCUGAUCAAUCUGUUGCGGCAAUCCCAGUCCUACUGCACAGACACAGAAUGUCUUCAGGAAUUACCAGGGCCUUCUGGUGACAAUGGCAUCAGUGUUACCAUGAUCCUGAUGGCCUGGAUGGUUAUUGCAGUGAUCUUGUUCCUACUGAGACCACCUAACCUAAGAGGAUCCAACCUACCUGGCAAGCCAACUAGUCCGCAUAAUGGACAAGAUCCACCAGCUCCUCCUGUGGACUAAUUUUGUGAUGUGGGAAGCAAAACAAUUUGCACGACCAAAUGAACGAGACCACCAGAGUACUCUUAACCCCAUUAGAACUGUUUUCCUUUUGCACCUGCAAUUUGGGAUGGUAUUGUUUUCAUGAGCUUCUAGAAACUUCACUUGCAAACUUUUGCUUCCUGUGUUUUCACCAUUCCUAUUUACAGUAUAUUUGAGUAAAUAAUUAUAUUAAAAAAAAGUUACAUGGGGCUUUUUUGGUUGUCCUAAAUUUAAACAUUCCAUUCAUUCUGUUUGUAAUUGUGAUUGUAUUUUUUGUGGUGAUUUUUGACAUGAUUGAAGGAAAUUUGAGAUUUUACAUUUAAAUAUUUAGAGAGUUUUGAUAGGUUUAAAUUUUUUCAGAAGGUAUUUAUAAAGUAACGUUGAUUUGGGAUUAUGGAAGAUAAUUAGAAACCACAUAGCAUUUACAUUUGCCUUGAUACAAGGUGAUUUGUGGGUGGCAGCUCUUAGAGCAUUUUACAAGCUCUAGCUGGAAUCUGGGUCACUCAUUAAGUGGCUAGAAUAGGAGGAUGGAAGAAAAAUGGUUGUUUACUAAUUUUCUACUAAUAAAAAUGUCUGAUGUUCAGAAUAAAUAAACAUGAUUUCAUCA